AUGGAAGCAGAAACAGUUGCGACAAAGAUUGUAGAAGACGUUGUUUCAAGGUUUGGAGUACCAGCUGUGAUACAUUCUGACCAGGGUCCACAGUACGAAAGCAAACUUUUCAAAGAAAUGUGCAGAGUGUUGGACAACACCACUCUGUACCACCUUCAGUCAGACGGAAUUGUAGAGCGGUUCAACAGAACGUUAACAACAAUGCUUAGUGGCUUUGUUAAUGAACACCAUACUGACUGGGAUGUCCAUCUUCCUUUUAUAAUGAUGGCAUAUCGAAGUUCGGUGCACGAAACCCCAGGAAUGACACUGAAUGUGAUGAUGUUUGGGCGAGAGGUGUCAACACCAUUAGAUUUGAUGUAUAAGGCUAAAGAGGUGUCCAACAAAAAAUGGUCCUGGUAUUUACAAGAACGCCUAGAAAAUGCUCCUGAAUUUGUACGGACAAGAAUGAAUCAGGCGAUGAAUGAGCAAAAAGCGCAAAUUGUGUCAGGGGAAAACGAUGAACUGUUCACAACAUUUGAAAUUCCCGAGGGCUCUGGUCCUACAAGUGAACUACCAGUAACCCACCACUCUAGAAGAAAUCGUAAACCUCCUAGUUGUUUGAAUGAUUAUGAGACGGAUUUGUGA